AUGAGAUACAUGUUCGGCUAUGCCAGUGCCUUCAACCAGGAUAUCAGCGCCUGGGACGUAUCCGCAGUCACUGAUAUGAGCGGAUUGUUCAGCUAUGCCAGUGCCUUCAACCAGGACAUCAGCGCCUGGGACGUAUCUGCAGCCACUGACAUGAGCAGAUUGUUCGAACGUGCCCUUCGCUUCAAUCGGGACAUCAGCGCCUGGGAUGUGUCCACAGCUACUACUAUGUAUAAAAUGUUCGUCGGCGCCGCAGCCUUCUCCCGGUUGCUCUGCUCAGAUGCGUGGCGUGCCUCCAGGGACAAAGGGAUAUCGUUCAAUCUAGGAGUAUUGAACGCAGCUGGGGUAUAUCUCGACAGCUGGAGCUGUGUCGCCGGCGCGCGGGGCGGCCUGCCUCCGGAGGCGUGCCUCUGA